GGGAACAAAUUGCAAAAUCACAGCUGACUAAUCAUUCAACCUGAUGUGGCUCCUAUCACUUCAGAAACUGCAGGACAAAAAGCAACAUGGAGCAGCAGUCCAGCAGUCGACCAGCUAAAAGACAUCGCUUUCAAGGACCCGACGGCUUCCAGGUAACGAAGACCACCUCGAAACCGGCCUACAAACCUCCCCCGCCCUUUGUAUCUUCUUUUGGCUCACCCAAGGCCGGGCCAUCAACAAAGAUUCCCGAUGAAAAGUCAAAGGGUUCAACUCGUGUUCGAGAGCGACCACAGAACCCAUUCACUGCCGAGCUCCCAGACUUUGGCGACACUUCACUUGGACGUGAGGCUAAGGGAAAGGAAAAGGAAAAGGAGUCAUCAGUUCGCCCAGCUGGCAAUCGCAAGCGACUGAACCCAUCUACCACUGCGAGUAACGCAGAGGCAGGCACAUCUCGCGUGCCAACCGUGAAGCGUCUCGCCAUUGCCCCUUCGGAAUCAGGAUCUGCGCACCCUCCCCCGAUAUCUCGUCAAAAACCACAUUCCGCACUUCAACCUCUCAAGCCACCUUCGUUCAUAACCAGUGCCCCAGAAAAUGCAUCAUCUUCCAAACCCCGAUCUUUCUCGAUUCUCAAGCCACCUCCGAUGCCUCAGCCAACUACUAAAGCGGUCAUUCUGAAGCCUCUUGGUCCACCUAGCUUUGCUCCGUUUCCCUCAAAGAAAUCAUCAACUAACAUGAAGCCCAUCUCAUCUUUUGCGACAAAUCCCACAAAGGAUGGUGCAGGUGCCGAGCUGCUCUCGCUUUUCCUUCAACAGCACGGACACAACUUUAUCUCCCCAUUCGAGCGCGAGAUGCAGCGCGGUAUUGGACUCAGCCCUCGCAAAAACAAGAGCGCCAAAGCGAAGUUUAUACGCGGUGGAAUGGCAGCGCGCGCGCACCACUUGAUCUCAGGAACAAAGACCGACUAUACCCUUUGGUGCCUCCAGCUCAAACAGAAGCUCUCGUCCGCGCCACCCUCCGCACCGAUUCCAGCGUGUGACAUGCGCCUACGUAUUCUGCGCGUACAACCUCUUCCCACGAAAACCCCCACCCCCACUCGUGUUCAUAUCGCCAUAUGUCGCAUCUCAUCGCGCCACAGGUCCGCCAACACAUCCGAUUUGGGAGAUCAAUGCUAUGUCGUCCUUUUUCCACACGUUGUGGAGCCCAGUCGUAAUUUCGAAGAGGGCAGGGAUAUCUUGGCCUGGACACCGUGGUACAAGGCUAUGCUCACUAGUGUGGUGCCGAGGGAGGUACUGGGAAGCCUUUCGGUUGAGCCAUUGAUGCCCCCAAGAAGCGUUAUUAUUGUACCAAGAUGGCACAUUAUGGAGGCAGACUGAGGAAUAGGAGUUUGUUCUACAGUCCGUAUCUGGUGUUGGGUGACCGCUACACUGGCACUGACGACUUCCCGCUGCGCUUAGAGUGUCGUUUCAAAUCUAAAUCAAUCCAAAGUCCUCCAGCCGACGUCUUGCCGUCAAACGCCAGUGUUUUACAAAUCUGCACGUUAAAAAUACAUAGAACAGGGCGGCCCAUCUUCCUCCUCUAACAUGUUCUAGAUACCGAAAGGAGUUUUUGAAACUUCAAGACGAUGUUGUGCCCCGAUCUCCGCUUACUCUCAGUCCCAUGUAUUACAGAAUUCAGAUACAAUAAAUCCGCGGUUUGCAACAACAUGGCGGCCAAGGUGUGAGGCGGAUAGGAGAUGCGACGUUUAAGAUUCAAAACCUCAUCCAGGGUUGUAAACGCUGCGGGAAAGCGCGAGGCGGU